AUGAAUCAGAGCCCUCAAAAUCUGCGCAACAGCAAAGAUACAAUCGAUUCCGAUAACGACACAUAUAUAGAAACAUUACUGAACAUAGAAGACAAAAACCAAAUGUCUUCCCAAACAAACUUGGAAAGCGGCCAACCACAGAAUCUGAGGCAACAGCAACCACCUCAUGAAAACUUCACCCCUAACCCUUACGAUACCACCGCAUACGCACAAAAUAAUGCAGGUACCGUGGACCCUGAAAAUCCAAACGGCUUACAAAACCAAAAGAGAUUGUUCUCAUUCAUUUUCUCGAAAAAGGUACCACCAAUCACAGCACCAGAGGAAAGAAAGCCAUACCCAUGGAAACAUGCCAACUUAUUCAGUCAAGCAUUCUUUCUUUGGUUGAGACCAAUGUUAUACAAGGGUUACAAGAGAACUCUUGUAGCAGAAGACUUGUAUUACUUGGAAGAUGAUUUAAAAGUUGAAACAAUGCAUGCUAGGUUUGACAAAUAUUUGAAAAAAAGAUUAGCUAAGGCUAAGGAAGAACACCUUAAAACGAACAGUAAUUUGGAAAACUUCAAAUGGCCCAGAUUUAUCUUAGAAAAAACCACCUAUGAUACCUUUUUCUGGCAAUAUAAUCUUUCCAUUAUAUAUUUGGGAUUAGCAUUCUGUUGUCAAUCAUUAUCUCCAUUAUUCACUAGAGCAUUAGUUGAUUUCGUGGAAUACCGUUAUUUUGGCUUUGAAACCUCGGUUAAUAAAGGUGUGGGUUACACUCUUGGAUCAGUGGCAUUGAUUCUUCUUAACGGUAUAUUCGUAAAUCACUUUUUCCAUGACGCCAUGAUGGUUGGAGCUAUGACUAAAGCUGUCUUGACAAAAAGUAUCUUGUUGAAGUCUUUCAACUUAUCUGCUAAAUCUAAGUAUGAAUUCCCAAUGGGUAAAAUCACUGCCUUAAUGGGUACUGAUUUAGCUAGAAUCGAUUUAGCUUUAGGUUACCAACCAUUAAUUGUUACAUUCCCAAUUCCUGUUAUCAUAUCCAUUAUCCUUUUACUCUACUACUUGGGUGUUACUGCAUUGGCUGGUAUUGGAUUAUUUUUGAUUUCAUUAUUUAUUUGUGUUUCAAUAACAAGAAUCUUGUUUACUUACAGGCAAAAAGUUACUAAGUACACUGAUAAUAGAGUCAGUUUAAUGAGAGAAGUCUUAACUCACAUCAAAGUGAUCAAGUACUACGCUUGGGAAUAUGCUUACAAGAAUAUGUUAUCUGAAAAUAGAACAAAAGAAAUGAAAUAUAUGUACACCAUCAAGAUCUUGAGAAAUUUCAUUACUGCUUAUGCUGUCACUUUACCAACAAUGACUUCUAUGAUUUCAUUUGUUACAUUAUGGGCCACUGGAGGAGUUAAGAAUGCUGGUAAAGUUUUCUCUGCAUUGUCAUUGUUCACUAUUUUAGCACAAGGUAUCAUGUUGGUGCCAUUUGCUUUAUCUACUGGUGCUGACGCUUUACUUGCUUACGAUCGUUGUACUGAUUUCUUACUGGCUACUGAAUUUGAUGAUGAAGUGGAUCCAAAAUUAUUGAAAGAAAAGAGAUUGUCUGUCGACUCUUCUUCUGAAUUUGAUUUCAGUAUUAAAGAGAUCGAUGAUGAAAAUCCAAUUGCAAUUGAAGUUAUGCAUGCUGAUUUCACUUGGGAAGUUUUCCAUGAUGAUGUAAAUAUGAAAACUAACUCAUCUUGGGAAUACACUGAAGCUACUGCAGCCAAAUUGAAAAAGAAGCAAAAUAAGAGUAAGUUAACUACUACUGAAAAAGAAAUCAAUAAACUUGAAAAGACUACACUUGACUACGUUGACUUCAGAGGAUCUUCAAGAUCUUCGAAUGAUACCUUUUUCGAAUCUCCUCAAUCAAUAGUUUCCAAUGAAGAAUUUAUUCGCUCUCAAGCACGUACAAGCAAGAAACAAAAGGUCGUCCCAGAAAAGAACACCAACUUCCCUGGUUUACUUGAUAUUAAUUUAACUAUCAAGAAGAAUGAGUUUGUCAUUUUGACUGGUGUUAUUGGAUCCGGUAAGUCUUCAUUAUUGUCAGCUUUAGCUGGUGUGAUGAAAAUGUCAAACCCUUCGAUCGGUCAAGUUCAUAUCAACCACAAAUUAUUGCAAUGUGCUGCACCAUGGAUUCAAAAUUGUUCUGUUAGAGAAAAUAUUCUUUUUGGUAAGCCAUUUGACGCUCAAAAGUAUGCUAAGGUUAUUUAUGCAUGUUCGUUAGACACUGAUCUUAAAGAAUUACCAGCUGGUGAUUUCACUGAAAUUGGUGAAAGAGGGAUUACUCUUUCUGGAGGUCAAAAAGCUAGAAUUAACUUAGCAAGAGCUGUUUACUCUGAUGCUCCAAUUCUUUUGUUCGAUGAUGUGUUGUCAGCUGUUGAUGCAAGAGUUGGUAGACAUAUUAUUGACAAUUUGUUUAGCGACUAUUUGCACGACAGAACAAGAAUCUUAGCUACCCAUCAAUUAUCAUUAGUCGAAAAAGCUGAUAAGAUUGUCUUUUUGAAUGGUGAUGGUUCAAUUGAUGUAGGAAAGUUUACUGAUUUGCAAGGUAGAAACGAAAAGUUCAGGGAAUUGAUGUUUUUUAGUAACGACAAUAAGCUGGAGACCAGUAUUGAUGAAAAUGGACAACCAAUUCCAAAAGCUGAAAAGAAAAAGAAGGAAGAAACCAACUCGUCAAAUACCAACUUGACUGACUACCAAGAUGUUCAACAAACUAGCAUUGAGGGUAGGUUAACUGGUGAUGAAGAUAGAGCCACAAAUGCCAUCACAUGGAAUGUGUACAAGAAAUAUAUCAGACUAGGUGAAGGAUUUCUUGGGAUUGGAGCUGUUCCAGUUUUCGUAUUAACAUGUGCAACAGCAACUUUCUGUCAACUUUUCACUAAUACCUGGUUAUCAUUUUGGCAAGAGAAGAAGUUCAAAGGUAUGUCAGAUAACAUGUAUGUCUCGAUUUACAUCAUGUUUGCAUUUUUGACCGUUAUUUUCACAGCAGCAGAGUUUUCUUUAUUAGGUUAUAUGAAUAACAACUCUGCAAGAUACUUGAAUGUUGGAGCAGUAAACAGAAUUUUACACACUCCAAUGAGCUUCAUGGACACCAAUCCAAUGGGUAGAAUUUUAAACAGAUUUACAAAGGAUACCGAUGCUUUGGAUAAUGAGUUAAGUGAACAAUUAAGAUUGUUCUUAUUCCCAGCAGCUAUGAUUAUUGGUAUUAUCAUUUUAUGUAUCUGUUACUUACCAUACUUUGCAAUUGCAGUUCCAUUUUUAGCGUUUGCCUUUAUUUUUGUUGGUAAUUACUAUCAAGGUUCAGCAAGAGAAAUUAAGAGAUUAGAAGCUACUCAAAGAUCAUUAGUUUACAACAACUUCAACGAAAUUUUAACUGGUUUACCAGUAAUCAAAGCUUAUAGCGCUGAAGAAAAUUUCAUUGAAAAGAAUGAUAAAUACAUCAAUCAAAUGAAUGAAGCUUAUUACUUAACUAUCGCCAAUCAAAGAUGGUUAGGUAUUUCAUUAGAUUGUAUUGCUGCUGCUUUUGGUUUAAUUAUUUGUAUGUUGUGUAUAACUGAUCAAUUCAAUAUCGGACCACAAUCAACUGGUUUGUUAUUGAAUUACUGUAUUCAAAUCGUUGGUUUGUUGUCCUUAACUAUUAGAGCUAUGACUCAAGUUGAGAAUGAGAUGAACUCAGCUGAAAGAUUAUACCAGUAUGCAUUCAAUAUUCCCCAAGAAGCAGCAUACGAAAAGACUGAAUUUAAGCCAGCUCCUGAAUGGCCACCUUCUGGUUAUAUUCAGUUCAAAGAUGUUUCCUUGCGUUAUAGAGAAGGAUUACCUUUGGCAAUUAAAGAUUUGACUUUUGAUGUUUACCCAGGUGAAAAAAUUGGUAUCUGUGGUAGAACUGGUGCAGGUAAAUCUUCAAUCAUGACUGCCUUGUACAGAUUGGUUGAGUUGAACUCCGGUUCGAUUUCCAUUGAUGGUUUAGACAUCAGCAACUUGGGAUUAUUUGACUUAAGAUCAAGGUUGUCUAUUAUUCCACAAGACCCAGUCUUAUUCCAAGGUUCUAUGAGAAAAAAUUUGGACCCAUUUAAUGAACACUCGGAUGAUGUCUUAUGGGACACCUUGAGAAGAUCUGGAUUAAUUGACGAAAGCUCAAUAGAAAUUGCAAAACACCAACACCAAAGUGCUAAUAAUAACGUCGGAUAUGAUAACUUGCAUAAAUUCCACUUGGAGCAAAUUGUUGAAGACGACGGGGUCAACUUUUCAUUCGGAGAAAGACAAUUAAUUGCAUUAGCAAGAGCAAUGGUCAGAAAACCAAAGAUUUUGGUUUUAGAUGAAGCUACUUCAUCUGUUGAUUAUGAAACUGAUGCUAAGAUUCAAAACACAAUUGCCAACGAGUUUGGUCAAUGUACCAUUUUAUGUAUUGCUCACAGAUUGAAGACAAUCUUGCAUUACGAUAGAAUCAUGGUCAUGGACAAGGGUAGAGUGGUCCAAAGAGACAGUCCAUAUAAUUUAUUCAACAAGAGAGGAAUCUUUAGAUCAAUGUGCGAGAAGGCAAACAUUGAUAGGAACGAUUUCGAUCUUUGA